AGACCAAAACCCGGAACAGUUGAGGAGCUCACUCAAUUUCAUACCGAUGAUUACAUUAAUUUUUUAAGCAGGGUUACGGCAGACAAUGUUGAUACUUGUAUAAAAGAUUGUAUCAAAUUCAAUGUUGGAGAUGAUUGCCCGGCUUUUGACGGACUACUUGAAUAUUGUAGAAGGGCGACAGGUGGUUCUCUUG